GAAGCUAACUAGCACCAUCAAUAGAGGUGAUUCAAUGGAUGUGCCUCUUCUAGUAGAUGUUUUAUGAGGGGGAAAAAAAAAGAAAGAAGAGGAAAUAGUUAUUAAUGUUGCAAAACACGCUCAUUUCAUGGGAAGUUAUAUAAUGAUGUUCGUCAAUGGUCCAUCCAAGAUUGUUGCCUCUUAAAUUUAGUUUAGAUUGACAUCACGGUCAACUGAUUAACGAGUCUUACCAUAAAUUACACUUAUUAUCCUCAUGUUUAUCAUUGACAGCGCAUUAUGAAUUUCAGCGGGCCGUAAAAAGUAUGUUCUGGUAAAGUUCAAACAUUACUUUUGGUUUGUGUUUAUAAUAAAGGUAAAUGAAUCAUAGGUAUUAAGUUAUCAUUAUGGUUAUUAAUGAUUAUGUAUUAUGAUUUUCAUCAGGCCGUCACAAGCCUCUGCUGGCAAAGAUCGAAACCAGUUUUGGUAAAUGAAAACAACUGCACAGUUGAGACUGCUCUUCUAGGAGUUGCUGUUGAAGAUUCACUCCUUAUGCCUGAUCCACUCCCUUCUGUGACAUCAUCAAGCCUUUCAACUUCUAUAACGACAGCUGGUUCUCGAAACCCUGGUCGUUCAAGCCCUUCUAUAGAGUCAUCUUCCAUGUUAGCAACCAGUAGUGGAUUUAUGCUAAGCUCGCUUCAUUCAUCUACAACAGAAGAAACACCACUUUUCGGCACUUUGUGGACUGGUGGAAAUUUGACGAGAUUACAUGCUCCUCGUAAUUAUAAUUUCAAGGAUGAUAUGAAAGUGUUUUCCCCACUUAUGGAAGUCCAACCUAUUACACCAUCACUUGAUAAACUUUGGGAUCAGCAUGAGGGUGCAAAAAAAGAUCAUCUUCGAGUUGAUAAGAAACCUUCUUUGCUCUUUCCUUCAUCUAAUAGGAGAUUUCCUCUUUCAGAGGAAGGAGGUGACAGUGAUCAUCCAAUUUUUGACUGGAAACCUAGUUCAACUUCCAAACAGACAAGUAUGAGUUACCUAACAAGUUCAAACCUGAUCUCGGCAAAUUUACGCAACAGAGACAACUCCUCCAAUCAAGAGUCUUCACUGGGAUUUCCAGAGCAUAUCCCCUUCAGUUCUAUGUCCCUUUCUCUAGGAAUGAAAAGUACUACUUCAGGGCAGUCUAACCUUGAUUCUCUGGGGUCAGCAUUAAACCACCCUCAAAAAUUUACCACUUAUGCUGAAAGGAUGAGUACUAAUCUGGCCUUUAGUGAUGGAACAUCCCUCUCGGUGGGUUCACCAAAAACAAAGAAAACAGGAGCUGAAACGAGAGAAGAACUGUUGAAUAGCUUGUUAUCAAGGACAAACACAUUAUCUGCUACAGAACAAAGGACUCUUCCAUAUGCGAAUGGAGGAGUUUCACAACCCCCGAGAAUCCCAUCUCAACCUCACACACAGCAGGGGUCCUCUUUUACACUUCAACUGUUUCAACGCACUCUUGAAGAAACUCUUGGUGCCUUCUAGAAAUCCAUUCAUGAAGAUAUGAGGAACCUUCAUAUUGAAAUUUUAAGGCAGUUUCAUAUGCAGGAGAUGGAAAUGUCUUGUGUGAUGAGCUCAAUCCUGGAAAAUCAAGCUGAGAUUAUGAAAGAAGUUCAGUCACUUCGUAAAGAAACUCAGUAGCUUCGGCAAUUACUUUAACCAUUGGCAGAGACUUCACUUUUCAAUUCAAAUAUGUCUCUGAUACAUGUGGUUUUUAAUAACAAUGAACUCAGUGGCAAGAUUCCUUCAACGCUAGGACUACUGCAGACUUUGGAGAUAUUCAUAAAUGGACUUUUCAUUUGUGGGGAAUGUCGUACAGCAUUCAUCUGUGUAGUAGUUUCAAUUUUGAAGAAGAAGUCAUGACUAUUACUGAAACAAGUGGAUCUCCAACUAGGCUUCAGGGGAAGUAUGGUGCAAUGGUAGUAUGUUGGAUUCUAGGACUUGGGUCUCGUCUCUUGGAACAGCAUGUUGACAAUAGGAGAUUACUACUAUAACCUGUUCCCGGUAAGUAGCCCCUUGUUAAUAUCCAAAUUUCCACCCUUU